UUUAUAACAAGCAUUCAUAGGCGAAGGCGUUUUUUCUCCGUCCUAUCGUACUCGACCCCUGUAAAAUCCCUGUGUCUAAAUAAAAGAAAAAAAACAAAAAAAAAAAACAAAAAAUCACAUAUAUGUAUGUAUUAAUCAAACCUGUGGUUUUAUUUGUGUUUAGUCUAAGGGCAAAUCGAAGGAGAGCAUUAAAAGAUAUAGAAAAUUUGGUGAUAACGAAGGUGGGCUUGAGCAGGCCAUUUGCUUUUAAUGAUCCUUGAAACGUCAUUUCAAUGUGUUUAUUUAAUACCGAUAGAAAAAGUGACAAGUGAACAGAGUGUUGAGAGAAUUAUUUUCACAACUGAGAAAUGGAUGAGUAAAAUACUAUUUCUAUGUUGCAAUGAAAUUAGUUGUGAAUAAUCCAGCAGUACUCAUUUGGAAAAUUUGGAGUGUGCGAGGUUUUCCCUGAGCAACUUUGCACUGGAAAUGUUCAGUAAGCGUGCAUUAUACAUGGUACGUUCAUGGACAUUGUGUGAAGGUGUAAAGUUAUUGAUGAAGGACUAUUAACAGCAUUUUCAGUGUUUUUUCACAUUUUUUCCUUUAUUCUCUGGCGACGUCAUUCAGAACUAGUAUCGUUAUGGGGAGUUCCGAGGAGCCAACGAGCCUCCAGUCUAUUUGCCAUUUGCAUGCAUCUGAACUUUUUCCAAAACACGCUCAUUUUGAAACUGAAGAUCCGUCAUUGUCAGUACCAUUUACUCCUCUCAGCGGUGAGUGCGUUGUCGCACUUGGACGGACUUUUGAUGGAAUAUUAGCGCUAUCGAACUACAGACUUUAUUUGCAACUCAGUCAGACUUGUUAUAAUAUCCCACUUGGCCUGAUUGAACAAUUAGAAGUCAAAGAGAUAUUUUACCUUCACAUAGGAUGUAAAGAUGCUCGUUCAGUGAGUUGUGCAUUUUCAACGAAUGAACACUGCUUAGAGUGGUUUAAGCGUCUUCACAAAGUGACUUAUCCCAGAAAGAGUGUAGAGGAUAUUUUUGCCUUCAGCUAUUAUGCCUGGUCAAUGGAGGACGGCAAGGAUUAUCCGAGACUCGGGAAAGAUACAAAUUCUUACAUUGCUACUUUCAAUGCAGAAGUGGAACGAUUGAAAUUCAAUCUCCAUGGAAGUUGGCGUAUAAGUCAAAUAAAUAAAGAUUAUUGCAUGUGUCCAUCAUAUCCUCCUCAACUUUUAGUGCCAGCUUGCAUUACUGAUGAAAUUCUAGAGACAGUAGCUAAAUUUCGGAGUUCCCGAAGGAUUCCUGCCGUUGUUUGGCGACAUGUGACCAAUGGGGCAGUGAUUGCCCGUAGUAGUCAACCAGAGGUAGGAUGGCUGGGAUGGCGAAGUCCUGAAGACGAAGAUUUAUUGAAAGCUCUGUCAGAUGCGUGUUCUUACGAUCGUGGAGAAUUAACCCUCGAAUCACCAAUAAAUUAUUCCGAUCCCGGUGAUGACCCCGUGACACCAAACACCCCCAAGAAGGUUCUCAUUGUCGAUGCAAGAUCUUAUACAACAGCUGUUGCAAACAGAGCACGGGGCGGUGGUUGCGAGUGCCCAGAGUAUUACCCAAGUUGUGACAUACAAUUUAUGAAUUUACCAAAUAUACAUUCAAUCAGAAAGAGUUUCCACGCUGUCAGACAACUCUGCGCAUCGGACGCUGAUCAGCCCAAUUGGUUGAGCCUUUUGGAAGGUACCAGGUGGCUUCAACAUAUGUCUGGUCUUCUUCGCGCUGCUGUCACUGUUGCAUCAGCCAUUGAGCGCGAUGGUAGACCAGUUCUUGUUCAUUGCAGCGAUGGCUGGGAUCGUACACCACAAAUUGUCGCUCUCGCUCAGAUAUUACUUGAUCCUUAUUAUCGCACCAUGGAGGGCUUUCAAAUACUUUGCGAGAGAGAAUGGUUAGACUUCGGACACAAAUUUUCCGAUCGAUGUGGCCAAACUGUUGGCUGUGAGGAUCUCAAUGAGCGCUGCCCGGUUUUCCUUCAGUGGUUGGAUUGUGUGCAUCAACUUAUCAAACAGUUCCAGUGCAGUUUUCAAAUGUCUUCAACCUAUAUCGUAAAACUUGCGCAGCAUACAUACUCUCAAUUAUUUGGAACAUUUUUGUGUAAUACUAGACAGGAGCGAUUGCAAUCGAGGGUCAGAGAACAUACCUUCUCCGUUUGGCGUUUUCUCAAUUCAAAUGCUUUCGUUAAUCAUCUUUAUUCACCUUCAAAAAAUGUGGUCUUGUGGCCAAAUUGCAAUGUCCGUGAUCUUGUUCUUUGGUCGGAAGUAUAUUUGGGUUCUAUGGAGAUGUCGCCGAAGCCGGACAAACAGCGAGUAUCUGUUAUUGAUAUCGAGCUAGGUGAAAACGAAGAACCCCAGGGGCAGAUGACGAAGACCCGUUCCUAUGGUGAUUUAAUUCAGGCCCAGGAUCACGUGGCGUUUCUUCAUCGUAGACUGAGCGAUCCCAGUAUUUCCAUUGAAAAAAAAUUUGAUUCGAUGAGCCUCGCGAAUGAAUCAGAUAAGACUGAAGAUGUACACACGGAUGAGAUUGUAUGUAGAGAAGACACAAAGCCACUACGAUCUGAUCCUCAUAACGAGAAUUAUCCUACGUCUCAGGUGAUCAAUGAUUUACCAGCCAAUAUCUCAGUGGACAGUUCGACUGACACUUUGAUACCAAAUACUGAACCGUCUAUAGUUCACUCUAAUGGAGGGAAACACACAUUACAAGCGACAUCCCUCCAGACUGGACAUGCAAUUUCUUUGACAGAGAAUCACGGAAUGAAUCGCCAUCAAGGUUCAUGCAAUUGUUCAAACCAAGAAGGCAGCGAUGUCAGUGACACCAGUGCAGGAUUAGCUUCAAGGACACCGAGCAGUAAUUGUCCAGCAUCACCAAUCCAUCAUGACUUGGGCCUUGACAGUCCUGACAGUUUAGACGAUGUUGAUGGACUCCCAGUGAUUCAUUGUGAUAUUCAAUUGCGUGUUCAACAAAUCAUCGUCGAACACAAGGUGAAAGAGGAGGCCUUGAGAAAGGAAUUACACACAACACGGCUGGCGCUUAUACAAAAAGUCUGCACGAAUUAUAGUCCAGAUACCGAUCGUAUUGAUGAAAUUGCUUCAUUGGCCGAUUCCGUAGGAAGCACGGCCGACAAUGGUGAAUCAUUACCCUCUGAUAUGUCCUGGGAGGCUGUGGAAGAGCUUGGACCGGUUCCAACUUUGUGGGUGCCGGAUCAUGCUGUUAACAGGUGUAUGGGCUGCGAUACAGAAUUCUGGCUCGGUCGGCGGAAGCAUCAUUGCCGAUGUUGUGGCAAAAUAUUUUGCGCAGAUUGCUCUGAAAAUUCUACCCCUCUACCCUCCGAACAACUCUACAAUCCCGUACGUGUCUGUAGUGACUGUUUUUCACGUCUUCAUCAUCACCAUACCAGUUCAUGUCAGUGUACACGUCAUACUGGUAAAUCUGACAAUGACUCAACUAAUGUCCCAGCAAGCUCAGAGAUUACCCUGGUUUGCCCACGAUCAAAAGUCAUUCCAAUAUCAAAAGAGGGAUGCGCCGAAGCCUCAUUGCAGACCAAUCACCAGGAACCACAAACAUCUGCGGCAACGAGGCAGCCUGUCAAUUGAACACCUCGUAAUAAAAGCGAAAUUAUAAAUAACAACAACAACAACAACAACAAUAAUCAAAGGAGGCGUUAUGCUGCAUACCUCGUGGUUGAUGACGUUUUUCAGCUUUUCAAAAAGCAAUGUAAUUUUGGAUUAAAAUUUGAGAGAUUUGAACGUCGUAUUUAUACAUACACAUUUGUAAACUAAAAAAAAUCUAUAUAAAUCUAUAAAAACAUUGGAGGGACAUUCAUCGCACUAUGAUCCAAUGACGAUCGAAUAUUUAUUGAUAGAAUUAAUAAUAUUUGUACGGUGGUGUGUAUAGAAUUGGUGAUGGGUGGACGGAGAAAACAGAGUUGAAGGUGGAAUCAUAUUUAACAAUUAUUAAAAGCAAAAAAUAAUUGGAGAAUAAUGUACAAUAAUUUUAUUGUAAUUUCACGUGGUUUUUACUUUUUUUUUGUUUGGUUUUAUCCUUGAGGUAUAUUUAUAUACCUUGAGCGUUCGUGAAAAUUGUAAAUCAUUUUUGUAGUGGACAAUAGUAGGAAGGCGAUUUAUUUUAUAGGCUGUGACAGACGUUUGAGAGCAUGUUAAUAAUCCGAUUGAUGUGAUGUUUGAGCAAAAAAAGAACCAAAAGAACGAAUUAUAUAUAUCAUUGUAUUUCCAUUUUAUGGCUACCUCGAGUGGAAAAGAAUUAGGCAAUAUUCGAGUGCUCUUUCUUUAUUCGGUUUUUGAUGGGCUAAUUUUCACUGUACAUUUUAAUUGGUAUUGAUGCGCGGAACAUUUAGUAGACGUAAAUAUUAUGGUCAUCUCAUGAACGCAAUUAUUUCAAAAAACAACCUUUAAUUAAUAAAAACGAAAAAUAUAUAAAUAUACUUAAAA